AUGGCAGGACAACAAUGUCGGGAUGCAUUUCUAAGAAGAGAUCAUGAAGAAGCUGUUCGGUUACUACGUUUACAAGAUCCUGAAGUACUUCACCGGGAUGAGCUUGGCCUGCUUUAUUAUUCUAUAAGUAAUGGCUGGUUAGAUGUUAUAAGAGAUCUUAUCACUAACUACCGCUUUGAUCCACAUAAAUACUAUUCUGGUGAAUCCUGUCUUUAUACUGCUGCUAAAGGUAAUCACGUUGAUAUAGUUGAGUAUCUUAUUAAAGAAUGUGGCUGUGAUCCAAUGAUGCCGGAUGUUGUAAAGUACCUCAUCAACGAGUAUUACUGUGCUUUAAUGGCCACUAAUAAAUAUGGGCAAACACCUCUUCAUGAUGCUGCCAGGUUGGGUACACCUGAAGUUGUUGAAUACUUAUUAUCAACUGGUAAUUGUGAUCCUUUGGCUAAAGACAAUAUGGGGAGGACACCAUUACAACUAGCUAAAAGGAGAGUUCGGGAGCAAGGAAUUAGCCGAAGGAUUUAA